AUGGUGAUUCUGUAGGCGGAAUUUAUUUCGAUAAUGAUAGUGCGUGGCAAACGAACAAAAUCGUCUGGUACACAAACGCCUCCUGGCGGUUUUUCCGGUAUUUCGGAUGUAAUAAGAACAGAAAAGGAAUGUCUGAAUAAAAUGUAAUAGAAAAACCACUUCAUCUGUACCAUGAUUUUGUUCGAAUUUAUGACCAACUCCAGAUUAAAGUAAAGAACAUGAGUGUCCCACCUUUCCGAUGCUUGCAGGGAGUUCUUCUUCCCCAUUCGACAAAUCUUUCCUGACGUCAUCGCCGACGUAGAUGAAGCCGGAGAAAGCAGAAAGAGGAGGUCUUACUAGCCACACAAUUCGUAGUGCCAAGUAGGGGGACUGUGUUCUUAUUGUGAUUGAAGUGAUUUCUCUACCGUACUCGUUUCUCAUCUUUAUUGGAUACACGAGGAGUAGGAAACAUUCUCUCUGCAGGAAUGGAAUAUUCUAUCGAUCAUAAUGGCUUUUUAAGUGUGCACCAUUUCAGAAAAUAAUCACUUCUUCCACACGCUUGUGAAUAUUUAACAAAAUUAAUUAACUUCAGAAAUAAAUUGCGAGAAAAAAAUUAAUUAUUAAAUUAGAAAACGCAGAAUUCUAAACAAUAUGGAUUUAUAAUAGCCUUCAAUUCACGUUAAAGUACUUAUGCCAAUGUGUACUUUAUUUUCUGCAUCGCACAAUGUUGAUUAGGUGUGGUACCAUGAUUCCUUUCUUCUGCUGUUGAAAAAACAUCAACAAUGUUAUCGUUUAUUCUGCACACACUUAGUUUGUGCAUAUUUGUGGCUUUUGUCACAGGACAGCAAGAACGAUGUGAAGAAAUAACAAUUCCUAUGUGCAAAGGAAUUGGUUAUAAUUACACUUCUAUGCCAAACAAAUUUCAUCAUGAUACACAGGAAGAAGCUGGACUCGAAGUUCAUCAGUUUUGGCCAUUAGUUGAAAUACAUUGCUCCGACGAUUUAUUGUUCUUCUUAUGCUCAUUGUAUGCACCAAUUUGCAUCGAAGAUUAUCACGGUCAACUCCCAGCUUGUUAUUCGGUGUGUGAACGAGCAAAAGCCGGCUGUGCUCCAAUUAUGCACAAAUACGGCUUCGUUUGGCCUGAACGUAUGAAUUGUGACGAUUUUCCACGAUAUGGUGAUCAAGAACACCUGUGCAUGGAUGCUAAAGAAGGUGCUGGACCAGAAAAUGGUGAAAUAAAUACCAAACAAGAGACAAAACCUGUUCGAAAACCACCAUCCUACAGAGGACGAAACUCUAAAGCUCGGGAUCGUCACGAUUCUAUUGUUCCUGGAGGCAGUACUGGUAGACAACCAGGAUUAGUAACUCCUGGACCAGAUACUGAGUGUACCUGUGAAUGCCGAUUUCCAAUGGUACCUCUUGUAGACCCAGCUGAACGCCGAGUGUACAACGACGUUUCCACCGGUGGAGUACCGUACUGCGCAAGACCAUGCCGCGGCACAUUUUUCAGCAAAGAUGAGCAAACCUUUGCUUCCUUCUGGAUUGGGCUCAUGGCCAUCAUUUGCUGUGUUUCAGCCAGUUUGACAGUACUGACUUUCAUCAUCGAUCCAUCCCGAUUCCGUUAUCCGGAACGUCCGAUCAUCUUCCUGUCAGGCUGCUACCUCAUGGUGUCCGUGGGCUAUCUGGUGAGGCUUGGUCUCGGCCACGAGGCAGUGGCCUGUGACGGGCAAAUCAUACGCUAUCACACCACAGGUCGCCCACCUGCUUGCACUAUCGUUUUCUUCCUGGUGUACUUCUUUGGAAUGGCCAGUUCUUUAUGGUGGGUCAUUCUAACUUUAACUUGGCUGCUGGCAGCUGGUCUAAAAUGGGGAAAUGAAGCGAUUGCAGGAUAUUCUCAAUACUUUCAUCUCGCUGCGUGGUUGGUGCCAACAGGAAAAUCUAUCGCUGUCUUAGCCAUGGGUGCUGUUGAUGGUGAUCCCGUUGCAGGAGUAUGCUCAGUUGGGAAUCAGAAUGUUGACCAUCUACGAUGGUUCGUCAUUUUCCCCCUGUGUGCAUACUUAGUGUUAGGCACAUCUUUUCUGCUUGCUGGAUUUGUCUCCCUAUUCCGUAUCCGAAAAGUGAUUCGACAACAAGCACGGGCUAAAGCAGACAAACUGGAGAAACUUAUGAUUCGAAUCGGGGUAUUCUCCGUCCUUUACACGGUGCCUGCAACUAUUGUGAUCGGGUGUCAUAUCUAUGAGCAGUACUAUAGAGAGCGUUGGGACAGACGACACAAUUGUCCUUGCGAGACGGACACUACCCGUCCUGACUAUUCUGUUUUUAUGCUCAAAUAUUUCAUGUGUCUCGUAGUGGGAAUAACAUCAGGUUGUUGGAUAACUUCAACUAAAACUAUCGAAUCUUGGAGAAAUCGUCUGUGUAGUCGACGUGGACACAGAAGUGGCCCAGGGUCUGUGUCACAAAGGACUGGCACUCCUGGUGGUACUGAUGCUCUCUAUGGACCACGAACGUUCAAGCCCUUGAGCCCCGCAAGCCACGUGGGGCAUGUACCAUCCAGUUGUAAACAGGUGCCACUAUCACAUGUUUAGAAAUAAAUCAAAUUCAGACGCUGGGCGUCUAAAAUUAUGUAUAGGACUCAAAAAGGUAACAGAUUUUAAUAUAAAUACUCUAUAUAAAAAUAGGUUUAAGCAUCUAAAGCUAUAAAAGUUUGUAUUACAUUAAGUUGUUAAUUAAUUUUUAUUUAAACAUCCUAAAUAUGCUGGUUCUUAAUUUUAUUUAUUUUUUUUUAAAAAAGACUUGUUGGUUCAUGAUAUUUCAAUUUUAUUUAUUUUUUUUUACAACUGGUUUUUUAUAGAAGUGAAAUUAUUGAUAAAAUUGGUUCCAUGUAUUAGUAGUUAAAAGAAUUUUUUUUUUAAUAAAAAUUUAAUCUUCACUGGAAUAUCAAAAUGACUGCACAAAAAUAUGAAAUAAUAGUUUUGCUAACAUUUAUUUGAAAUGAAUCACGAAAAAUUCAGUAAAACUCUUAGUAAAUAUUGCAAUAAAACUGUUUUAAACUAUUCCGAAAUAAAUCAUUUGGACCAAUUUGAAAAUAAUCAUUUUAUCUAUUUAAAUUUUGUAUCAAAUCUCACUUUAUAUCGUUGUGGAAAAUUUAAUGUUAAUUCAUUGUUUGUCAUAUUUUUUUUGCACGUCAUUAUUUUAAAUAGAAACAUUUGCAUAACAAGACAAAAAGUUUCAAAAUUAAAUCCAUUGCAACUUUUUUUGUUUAGUGUGCUGAUCUAUCGUGAUACUCGUAUAACGCUAUUUUUCUUUAUUUACGAUAUUUUUAUAUCGGUAAAUAUUUUAUAUAGACAGUAGUCAUUAUCUAUUUGGAGAUAUUUAAAAUAUCGUAUUACAUUUCCUUAAAAAUGAAUAAUAUUUCGCAAUAUAUCGAGUUAUUUUCCUUUUUUUUUUUUUUUUUACAUUCGUUAAUGCUUUCGUUGCCCAUAAGGAACUUGUUAGCAUUAUAAAUAUAAUCGCAUUCUGUACUAAUCGUAAAGUACGGUAUUUGUGACAUAUCGUGAAAUUGCUUUUUAAAAUAUCACUACUAUAAUGUUUUAAAAGUAUCAAUAUUCCACUGUGUGUCGAGAUGUUUUUACAUUGGUCAAUGUUUUCGUUUACCAAUUGAAAUUUAUAAACAUUUGUCUUAUAAUUGUAUUCGACAUUUACCGUUGUAUAUUCGCGAUAUUAUCAUUUCAUUAUUAUAUAUAUUAGGUAUUUUUUGUUUGACAUGUUAUAAAUGGUAUAACGUUUGAGGAAAUUUUUAAAAGAAAUACGUAUUUUGUUGCUUUAAAAUAUCGAUCUGUCACGAUAUAUUUGCACAGUUUAAAUUUUAACUUUUCAAUUUGUUGCCAUAAAUUCAUGGAAUUCUUUUUUUGCUCUAAAUUAAACAUAUCUUCCAGCUUUUUUUUCCAAUUUGCUGUUUACGUUUAGAACUAAACUAACUAUUAACUAACUCAAUAUACGUAUAUUUCAAAGUCUCAUGUAGAACGAAAAUAUUUAAUAGAUAUUUUUUGGAUCUAUUUAAAAAGACCUCUUUCAUUUUUUUUUUAAAAAUUAUGUAAAUAAUUGUAAAAUUGUACAUAGAUAGAAAACAAAGUUGGUACACUAUCGCCAAUCAAUCUUCAAGAGUGAAAUUAAAAGUUAUAAUAUCCAUUUUUUAUUAAUAAUCAAAUUUGUUGUGUUUUUUAAAUAUCUUGCGGUUAGGAUUGGCUGUAGUUUGUAUUAAAAUUAAUUAUUUAUUACCUGGAUUGAGUGAUUUCUAAUGCAAUUGAAAUAGUACAGAAUUUUU